CACUAAAAUAACGAGAGUGCGCAUUGGAAAGUAUCAAAGUAAUUUUUUAAUUACAUAUUCGUAUUUUGAAUAGUAAACAAUUGAUUUUCUUCAAUCAUUUAUUUUUAGUUCUAAUAAUUAUUAUAAAAAAUGCCUCGCAAACCGUGUUACUGGACACGAAAACUAGAAUUAGAUUUGGUCGAUUUUGUUCACCAAAGAGAAUAUAUAUGGCGGCCUGCUGGAAACACGAAUCAUCAUAUUCAGCAAAAAUACAAAGCUUAUGCUGAAUUUGCAGCGAUAUUGGGACGUGGAUUCACAGCUCGUUCUGUCCGAGAACGGUGGGUGAACAUUAGGAGUACCUUCAACCAUAACCAUAGAAGAGUUGAACGAUCCAAACUUAAAGCAAAGACUGCUUCAGACAUAUAUGUCCCGUGCUGGCCACUGUGGAAGCCAUUACAGUUUCUCAAAGACGUUUGUAAGAAAGAAGAUGGCAAUUUUGAGUUCUAUGAGUCAACAUCCAGUGACAUGAAACAGCUGACAGAAAAUGUAAACGUUAAAGAGGAACAACAAUCUGAAUUUGAGAAUGACAUGGUUCUUAAUAUCCGUCAGCGAAGCCAACGAACGGACAGACCUCGGCAUAAAACAAGAAUACUCAAUAAAUCAAAUAGAAAAACGAAAUGUAAACAAAUAAUUGAUGACCUUCUGUUAGCUAUGAAGCCUCUAGCAUCGGAUCCAUUAUUGGAACAAAGCUAUUGGUUCUUUGGGAAGCAUGUGACAGAACAACUAAAUAGUAUGAGAAGAAUUGAUGCUGAGAGUGCUGCGAAUGAAAUAGUAAAUCUGUUAAAUGAAUGACAACAAGAUUUCUAAUCUCUGAGGACUUGUUGUGGCUUGGUUACUACAACCUCACGUCACGAUUCGUUGUUUGUUUGUAUCUUGAGGAGGAGCUGUGGUAAACUGAUGACAUUUUUUCAAGGGUGGAAAAUCAUAAAAUGACUUGGACAAUGAAGCAAGUCGAAAGGAAGUGUCAGACUCUUACUGACUACAAACCACCCUGGUUCCUACUCUUGCUUUUCGUGCCAGAGCCCCGAUAACCCGCAAGGCAGUCCACGGCUGUUUGAUCUGUGGUGGUCUGAUGGCUCUUUGAGGUGCGCACGGAACGCAACGCGUCGUGAUUGAUGAUCUAGAUUGUUGUUUUUAGGUUGUUUAUGUCUGGUUCAUCCAAAAAUAUUGUCUCAGCUGUUGUACAAAAACGAAAUAAUCUACUUACUAAGGAAGUUGGCUUGAAAAUACAAUAAAUUGACUGAAUAGAAUAGCUAAGUUUAUGUAGUAUUAGCUCUUAUUUUGUCAGUGUCUUUUU